AAGAUUUAGUUUUUUUUUGACGUGUAAGAAGAUUUACUUUGUAUAUAGAAUAUCGCAAUCCUAUAAAUUUUAGGUCUUGAAUAGAAUAGUGACUAUAAUUUGAAACUUCCACUGUAUUCUACAUAAGCAGUUGAAAAAUCCAUAAGAAAGAAGAAGAAUGAGUUUCCUCCGCAAAUCAAUGACCAACCUAACCAAGGUUUCCAUGAACAUCACCAAACAUGUGUUCUCCAAAGAAAAAUUUCAAAGACAGAAUAUUGUGUUUUCGCCAUUGUCGCUCCAAACUGUGCUAAGCAUCAUCACCGCUGGUUCUGAGGGUCCCACACAACAACAGCUUCUCUCCUUCCUCCGAUCAAAAUCCACCGCUAAUCUUAACUCCUUAUACUCUCACCUGGUGGAGGCGCGCUUGUCUUUCGUCAACGGUGUUUGGGUAGAACAUCUCUUGAUGUUUACUGAUUAUAAAGCCACUCUCUCCCCAGUUGAUUUCAUCAACAAGCCUGAUGAAGUGAGAGAAGAAGUGAAUAUAUGGGCCGCAAAACAGACAAAUGACCUUAUAAAAGAUAUUCUACCACGUGGGUCAGUUGAUAGUUUAACUUAUCUCAUUUUCGCAAAUGCAUUAUACUUCAAAGGAGUUUGGGAUCAAAAGUUUAAUGUUUCGAAAACAAAAGACUAUGAUUUUCACCUUCUCAAUGGUAGUUCGAUCAAGGUUCCCUUCAUGACUAAUUGGGAUAUGCAAUAUAUCAGUGUUUUCGAUGGGUUUAAAGUCCUUUGUCUUCCUUAUAACCAAGGUAAAGAUAAACGUCAAUUCUCUAUGUACUUUUUUCUUCCUGAUGCAAAAGAUGGAUUGUUAGCUUUGAUUGAGAAGUUAACUUAUGAAUCUGAGUUCCUGGAACAAAAGCUACCUUGUCGAAAAAUGAAAGUAGGCGAUUUCAGAAUUCCAAGGUUCGAGAUUUCUUUUCAACUUGAAACUCCUAGUGUGUUGAAGGAGUUCGGGGUGGUUUCACUCUUUGAAGUGAUGGGAAAUUCAACAACAAAUAACAAUAACAACUCUAACAGCAGCGGAUCCAUUCCGAAUGUUGGACUCCCUCGGACUCCCCAACAUGAAGGAGGUUUGACAAAAAUGGUGAACUCUCCAAAGCUACAUCACAUGGAUCGUAUAGUUAUUGGAAAGGCCGAUGAAGUUGCCAAUGAAGUGAACUUAUGGGCGGAAAAAGAGACAAAUGGUCUUUUAAUUAAAGAACUUCUUCCUCUAGGUUCAGUCAAUAGCUUAACCAGACUCAUCUUUGCUAAUGCAUUGUACUUUAAAGGACUAUGGAAUGAUAAGUUUGAUGCUAGGUUAACCAAAGACAAUGAUUUUCACCUUCUGAAUGGCACCUCAGUCAAAGUUCCCUUCAUGACCAGCAAGAAGAAGCGGUUUAUUAAAGCUUUUGAUGGUUUUAAAGUUCUUGGUAUUCCUUAUAAGCAAGGUGAAGAUAAGCGACAAUUUUCUAUGUACUUCUUUCUUCCAGAUGCGAAGGUGACUUCUGAAUCUGAGCUACUAGAACACAAGCUUCCUCGCGAAAAAGUGAAAGUAGGUGACUUCAGAAUUCUGAGAUUCAAUAUUUCUUUUGGGAUUGAAACUUCUGAUACGUUGAAGGAGCUAGGAGUGGUUUUACCUUUCUAUGGAGGUGUAACAAAAAUGGUGGACUCUCCUAUGAGUCAAGACCUCUAUGUUUCCAACAUAUUUCACAAGUCUUUUAUUCAAGUAAAUGAAGAAGGCACUAAAGCUGCUGCUGCAAUACUCUUUAUUCGAAAGUGGUCAAUCCUCUUACUAGGUGAUCUUAACUUCUCAUCCCGGAAUCAAUUGAAUCACCCAUAAAUAAACCGUGAAACUGUGUGUUUUUUUUAAUAAGAAUGCAUUUUUUAUGAAGAUGGUUUACUGUUUUUGAUACGAUCGUAGAAUUGGUAU